ACGUGGACAUACUCCAAGCAAAAAAAAUGAGAUUCGUGCAGCGCGGACUUCUCUAGAGUGGGUGUUUGUGGGCAUUCGCUAAAAAGACUAUGCGACCUUGUCCCACCCAACAUCUGCUUGUAGAUUCCAUGAAAACGUCGAUGCGAGACCACCAUAGACGUGUCCUGAGGCGGGACGCCAUUUUGUCUGUUUACUACAGUAAAAACGGUGUUCUGUUGGACUUGUAGGGCUGUGUUUUCUUUUACUCGAUGGAUGAAGAGGAGCGCAAGAAGAAAUUGCAGACAGGGAAAGAGAAGCUUGCUGCAUUCCGGAGGAGAAAGGCAGCUAAAGAUGAUGACCCAAAGAAGAAGAAGAAGAGAAAGAAGAAGGAAGAGGCGGGUGCAGCAGGGGGAGGGGGGGCGUCCCCAGAAGACCUGUCUCAGUCUGAGUCCCUGGACAUCAGCACGGCGAGUAACAGCAGCCUGGACCUAACGUAUCACUCCUCCGAGUCCCUGUCUGCAUAUGAUAGUGAUCAACAGUCCACCAGUGCUGAGGAGCUGUCGGAGGAAGGGGAGGACAGUGUUGCCCUGGAUGUUGCCCGUGUGGAGUUGAAGCAGGCUAAAGCUCAGAUCCAUGCCCUGGAGGAGAAACUUUACGGGAAGCAGGCAGCGCUGGAGGCACUAACUCUGGACUGUGAGAAGCUGAAAGCUCAGGGUCAUCACCAUACACAGGCAGACCAAAGUGGAAUUGAAAAGACAGUUGAAGUGACCACACAGAAGACCAGUGUUGCAGAGUACAAAGAGAAACUACAGGAGUUCCAACAGGCUAUUACACAAAGAGAUGACAUCAUCAAGCAGCUGUCAGUCAAUCUGCAGAUCAGUGUACAGGAGCGUGACUCUGUACAACAGGAGGCUGGGCAUCAGGUGGCACAGCUGACACAACAGAUCCAGACGUUACAGCUGCAGCUGCAACAGGCUGGUGAGAUGCUGAAAGGGCAGACAGGACAGCAGGGUGUGUCAGUAGAGGAGCUGUUCACCACACAGCAGCAGGUCAUCACGUUACAGCACAAAAUUCAGGAACAGGACACGAUGUUACGUCAGAAGGAUCUGCUAAUACAGCAGGGGGACACAGCUAUGCGGGAAAAAAUCGACAUCCUUGAACAGAAAGAAUCAGCCUUGACCGCGGUAGCGCAGAAAGCUGCCCGCCAAUCAGAAGAGCUUCUAAAUCUACGGGAGGAAAUAGCGUCGGUGGAAACAGUAAAGCAGCAAAUGGAACUGCUGAAACAACGGUCGUCUGAGGAGAUUCGCUCUCUGAUGCAAACUGUUGAGGAACUUCAGAAGAAGGUACAUAUUUCUGAGGGAAGAGACAGUGGGGAGGUGAAUGUCCGAGCUCUGGAGGCCCAGCGGGCGGAGCUAGAGGAACUCCAUGGGAAACAGAUACAGGAGAUGAAGGAAACUCUCAGAGAGCAAUAUCAAAUCCAACAUGAGAAACUUCGGCUGGAAAACGAAACCCUCCAACAACAGGAACGUAAACAAAUGGAAGAACUCCGUCAGGAGCUGGUUUUAGCGACAGCCAAGCGUGAAGAGGUAGAGCAACAGUGGUCAGAGCAGAACGAGCUUGUCCAGUCGCUAACUCAAGAGGUGUCCAGACUAACCGCUGCAACAGAAGACUCUGCUGCCUACCUGAACGUUGUGACGGAGUUGAAACGGGAGUAUGACUCAAAAAUACAACAACUGGACGAGUCUGUGCAAUCUUCCGCUGCAGAGAAUGAACAGCUGAAAAGAAGAGAGGAGGAAACUAGUUUAAGAAUCAAUGAACUAUCACAGCAGCUGAAUGCUGUUUCAGAAGAAAAUCUUCAACUCAGAACCCAAAUUGAAGAGCAUGUGGCUGCAUUAGAUAGCUCCUCUCAACAGAAAGUGCCUGAUACAGAGAUGCAAGAUGAGCUGGAGAAGUUAAGUGAGCAGCUGAAAGAUGUUAGGGACGAACUUGAAGAGGCACAGUUUGAGAAAGAAAGUCUUCAACAGUCGCACCAUUCAGAAAUGACACGCUUGAAAUCAGAACUUAUGUAUGAGCACGAAAACAAAAUGAAAGUUCUCAAGGGCAACCUGGAAGCAACAUUCCAGCAGAAGGUGGAAUCCAUCAAAGCUAAGAAAGAUCGAGAGUUUGUCGAGCAACUACAACAAGCUCGUGCCGAGAUGGAAGAGACCCACAUGAGGGAACUUGAGGAACAGAGAAAGCAAUAUUCCAUAGAGUCACUUCACUUUUCUGAAGAAACAGCGCCAGAGGUUUCGGAGCUGUUGUCGUCACUGCAGCAGGAAAACAAAGACUUGUCAGAGGCGCGUGAUGCGCUCUUGGAACAGAUUGAUCAAUCACACCAUGACCUGGAAGAAAUGCAAGAAGAACUCUUAAAGGUAGCCAACGCCAAAGAUAAAAUCAUAGCUGAGAACGAGUCCCUAAAGCAGCAACUUAACGCCGGAGACGAGGCGGGGCAAGACACGUCUCAGAAGAUCUUAAACCUGGAGAGGGAACUGCAGGAACAAAGACAAACCUUCUCAUUUGCAGAGAGGAAUUACCAGGUCAACUUGGAGGAAAUGCAGGCGGAGUGUACGCAGUUGCUACAAGCCAGACAGGACCUAGAGGAAAGACUUGAUGAGCUACAAGCAGCAAAAGGAUUCCCAGCUGCUAGUGAGUUUGGCCCAAGUGGAGACGUCCCACCUACAGCAACUAGCCCUACAGAAGACAAACAGACCAAUUCUGAACUGGUACAGGAGAUUCAGGAAUUGAAGGAACAACUCAAGAAACAUGAAGAGCUUGUGAGUCAGGUGGAUUCUCUCAAGCAAGCUUUGGAAUCGGAGAAGCAGAUUAAAGUGGUUCUUGAAGAGAAGGCGAUGAACCAGAUGAACUCAUUUGAAGUUGAGAAGAAUGCUCUACAAGAUGAAAUAGCACGUCUGCAACAACUGACCGCAGAAAGUGAGCAGGCUCUUCAAGAGACAAGACAGAACGGUUCUGACAGUGACUUCGACAGGAUCUUUAAGGAAAACCAAGAACUAAGGAAAGCAAUACAAAGCGAACAGGAGGAAAGGAGAAAUACAGACGCAUCGUUGUCCACAUUACAAGAAACUCUGGAAUCUUUGAAGACUGAAUUAAAGGCCAGAGAAACAGAACAGUUAGAGUUAAGGAAAGAGUUGACUGAUGCUAUGAAAGACAAAGAAGAUGCUAUUCGCAAAAGGGAAGAACUAAUACAGCAAAACGAAGUCUCCACUACUAAAAGUGAGCUGGCAUCAUUACGAGAAAGCUUAGCUUCCAAGGAUGCAGAAUUACAAAAUCUGAAACGGGAAGUACAAAUCCUUCGUACUGCAUCAAGCAGUCCGGGAGAACACGACAAAUCAACCGAUGACGAAACUUUUGGUCUACCACAGUCGGACAGUCUCCUGAAGGAAUUAGAACAGGUGAAAAAAGAGUUGAAGGAGACGCAAGAUAUAUAUUCCAAGGAAAACAAACUACUUAAAGAAGCACUAGAGUAUGAGAGGAAGGAGAGUGGUGUUACGGAGCCGGGGCAGGUACAGAGCAGGGUUGGUCAGCUUCAGGAGGAGGUGUCCAGGAGAGAACAGAGGGAACAGCAGCUUAUAGAGGAGAAGAACCAGCUGGUAGCACUGCUCAAGGAGAGGACAGCCCAGCUGCAGCAGGACAAAGAUGCUGUGCAGCAGCAGCUCAGACAACAGGAAGACCUGGUCCAGACCUUCCAGACUCGCAUGCAGACCUCAGACUCUGUUAGUGCAGACGUGCAGCAGGUGUUUGGUCGUCAGCUGUCAGCCCUACAGGCCCAGAGAGACGAGCUGCUGCGCCAGCUGGAGACACAGAAACAACAGCAGGGUUCCCUCUCCAACAUCCUGAUGGAGAAAAAUGCACUGGAAGAGAACCUCCAGAAAGAAAAAGAGCUGCUGAGGACCAAACUACAGGAGAAGGAUGAGCUGGAGAAAGGACUGCAGGAAGAGAGGAGGAGGCUGGAACAGCAGGUGCAUGAACAGAGGAGACUGGAGGCAGUUCUGGAAGAGAAAAACAAGCUGGAGCAGGAGCUGGCCAAACAGAAACGUGAGCUGGAGGCCCAGUUGCGGGAGAUAGAAGAACGUCUGCAUGAGAAGGAGGCCCAGCUGGCAGCAGAGAAGGAGAUGUUGGUACAGGAGAUGAGGAUCAAGGAUGUGGAGAUCAGGAAGUGGCAGGCGGAUCUCAAGGAGAAACAGUUGGAGUACCGUGACCGGGAGGCCCAGCUGAAGAAUCAGUUCUCCACUCAAAUCCACAAAGUCCAGUCCAGCACAGAGGAGAGUAACCUUAAGAAGAUCCACCUCCUGCGUGUCGAGAUGGAGGGGCGGCACAAGGACGCCAUCGAGCGCCUGAGAAGAGACCUGGACCAAGAUUACAGUGUCCGUGAGAAGCGCCUUCGAGACGGGCACACGUCUGCUGUAUCCGUUCUGAAGAAACAGCACCAGCAGCAGGUGUGGCCUUCUUUUUAGAUUUCUGGUUUGCCGUGAGUAG